AUGUGUGGCUCGGCGUCAGUCGGCAUUGUCCAGGAUAGACACAGAGCAGCUCUGGCUACUGGGAGUACAUUUGCACACGAGAUGGGCCAUCUUUUUGGAAUGGAUCAUGACUCUGGUGCCUGCUCUUGUCCAGACAGUCGCUGCAUAAUGGCAGCAAGCAUCAACACUUUAAACCCACCGCAACAAUGGAGCACCUGCAGCGUAGCCACAUACAACAGUGUCGUCUCGAGAACGUUCAACAAUCUGGCCAGGUGCCUCCACAACGUGCCGUCCGACAUCCUCGGUGACCCCGUGUGCGGCGAUGGGAUUCAGGAGGAGGGAGAAGUGUGUGAUUGUGGCUCUCCUCAGGAGUGCACCGAUCCAUGCUGUGAUGCCAGGACAUGCAGACUGGUAGCAGAGGCUCAGUGUCACAAAGGGGAGUGCUGCAACAGCCAGUGUCGCUUCAAGGAUUCUCUCUCGAUGUGCAGACCUUCAGCAGGGCAGUGUGACAUUGAGGACUACUGUACCGGCCUGUCUUCUGACUGCCCGGCUGACGUUUUUGUCCAGGACGGUACCACGUGCAAUAAUGACCAGUGGUACUGCUUUUCUGGGCAGUGUAAGACUUACAACGAACAGUGCCAGAGACAUUUUCUGACAAAUAAGGGACACGAUAACUGCUUUAGCUUCAACACAGACGGUAGCCAUUUUGGAAACUGUGGCUCUGACGGAACUUCGUAUAUUUCAUGUCGACCUCAUGCUUUCACAACUUACGUGGGUGCGGAUAUUGUGAGCCCCGGGCUAGUGGAAGAUGGAGUCAAGUGUGGGAGAAACAAAUGGUGCUAUGAGCAGCAGUGUCGCGACUUUUCAGUCACACCAUGCCCCAGAGGGCCCAAUGCGGAAAUCUGCUCUGGCAAUGGAAAAUGCAACAACGAUGACCAAUGUACCUGUCUAAAUGGUUUCUCAGGCUCAACCUGCGAGAUCAGACCAAUAAUCAACGAGUGUGCACUGGGUAUACACAACUGUGAACAUGUGUGCAUCGAUACACUAGAAGCAUUCGUAUGCGCCUGCAAUUUCGGCUACAUACUCGAAUCUGAUGGUCAUUCCUGCACGCUUGACUGUGGAGGCCGACUAACUGCAAUCUCUGGGAGCUUUCAGACCCCAGGCUGGCCUAAUGCCUACCCAUCAGAAAACUUCCGGUGUGAAUGGAUCAUUGAUGUCUCUGGUGCUGGAAGUAUAGAAUUCACCAUGGACCAGACUGCAUUUGGUAUCCUUGGAAAUCCCUUGUCAUCGUGCCCGACUGAUUACCUCCAGUUCUUUGAUGGGACUAGCAGUAACUCCAACUCCCUCGAGAAGAUAUGUGGUGUUCACUCUCACUAUGAAGGAACCCUCCCUGUCAUUUCCACCACCUCUUCAUCAGCAAGAGUUGUGUUCACUGGAAGCAAUCUACGACGUCCGCUCAGUAGAGUUGGUGUGAAAGUCAAC